GCAAGGCCUGCCUCCCAUUGGCUGCCAUUCCCUUUGUGUGCCAGGCAGCUGCGGGCUCAUCUCUACAUUUGAAUGUAUAUAGGGGAUUGGAAAGGAACCAUUUCCAUGGGCCAUCUGUCUUCCUGUAGCCAGCAGCAGCCGCAGCCGCAGCAGCAGCAGCCUCUCCAGCGACAGCAGCAGACGGCAGCCCUGCUAGACUGCCCGACGCCGUCGAGGGGGACGGCAGCCACCACCAAGGGAUAGCGGCCAACAAAGGGGACCACAGCCGAAGCUGCCCAGGAUGGUUUUGGUACACGUCGGCUACCUUGUUCUUCCAGUGUUUGGCUCUGUGCGAAACAGAGGCGCUCCUUUUCAAAGGUCUCAGCAUCCUCAUGCUACCUCCUGCCGGCACUUCCACCUGGGCCCCCAGCCUCAGAUUUCCGCGGACUUCCCCCUGCCUCACGCCGUCCAGCCUCACAUGGCGACCGCUCACCAGCACAGUGGCCCGCUGCACCCGCCCCUGCCGCCUCUGCCUGCCCUGCCAUUCCAGGAUGUGACGGGACCCUCUUUCCUACCUCAGGCCCUUCACCAGCAAUACCUCCUCCAGCAGCAGCUCCUUGAGGCUCAACACCGCCGACUCAUGCCUCAUCCCAGGCGGACUCAGGAGCGCGUGUCUGUCCAGCCUCAUCGGUUACAUCCAAGCUUCGAAUUUGGCCAUCAACUGCAGACUCCUCAAGCCAUGGGCCCACCUCCCAGAUAUUUAGCCGAAGGAACAGACUGGGAUCUCAGUGUCGAUGCUGGCCUGACUCCUAACCAGUUCCAGGUCAGACCAGUUCCACAGCAUUAUCAGCAUUACUUAGCUACUCAAAGGAUGCAUCAUUUCCCCCGGAACACAUCCUCAACGCAGAUGGUUGUCCAUGAAAUUAGGAACUACCCAUAUCCUCAGCUUCAGCUACUUGCGCUUCAGGGACUGAAUCCAAACAGACACACGUCUGCUGUGAGAGAAAGUUACGAAGAGUUGUUGCAACUGGAAGACCGGCUGGGCAGUGUGAACAGGGGCGCUGUGCAAAACACCAUUGAACGGUUCACUUUCCCACACAAGUACAAGAAGAGAAGACCGCAGGAAAGCAAAACGGAGAAGGAAGACGGAGAGGAGUCGGACACGGACGAGAAAUGCACCAUCUGCCUCUCGAUGCUUGAAGAUGGCGAGGAUGUGAGGCGUUUACCUUGUAUGCAUCUAUUUCACCAAGUGUGUGUGGAUCAGUGGCUAGCGACGAGCAAGAAAUGCCCCAUCUGCCGAGUGGACAUUGAAACACAACUGGGAUCCGACAGCUGA